UAACGGUUUAGUGCGACAUAUUGGUGUUUAUAACACAAAUUUCGUUAAAUGUCAGAGUUAUAGAUGAGGUAUAAGUUCUUUCUGUAAAAACUAAGUGGGGUGGGUGAACAUUUAUUGUAACAGCACGUUCUUCAGCGAAUUUCAUCAUAGAUUAUACUGUGUCUAUAAGUACGCAUAUGCGUUUCAAUGAGGGAAGGGUGUUGACAGCUAGUGAUAUCUAUCAGGAGAUUACGUAUCUCCAGACAGUGCGCCAAGUAGUCAACCGUGGAAUUAAAUCUGAUCAGAAAGCAGAACAGGAAGGAUACUUACCUGUUCCUCAUGCCUGGUGGUAAUCGUAUCCCCACACCGGUUAUUUCGAUUCAGUGUGAUUGGGAUGAAAUACUUAGGCAGGUGAACACAGAAGUGUGGAUUGCCUGUAAAUUAAGAGGUCAGGCCAGUUUUCAAGGAAAUAUAUACAGCCGUGGCCUUUCCAAUGAGGGUAUUCCUCAAGUCACGACAACAAAUGGCUUUACAGUUUGUGGAAUUUCACGAAAUACAAUCCAAGUGAAGCAUGAAUCUGGGAACAUCUGUAUUUUUGUUGCCCCUUGUAGUGUUUUCACUGGAAUACAUUUAAAAAGUGUCAUAUCAUUGGAUGCUACAUCUGGGGGUUUGUGUGUGUCGGUAUGCACUGAAAAUAAACUCCAAGUCUGGGACACUAGACAAGGUCUUUUGAGGCGUACCCUGGAGGGCCAUGUGGGUGAUGUAUACAAGUGUCGCUUCUUCCCAUCUGGAAUAGUGGUGCUGUCUGGUGGUGCAGAUAUGCAACUGAAAAUCUGGUCAGCUGAAACUGGACAGUGCCCAGUGACACUGCGUGGCCAUACAGCAGCUGUAACAGACAUGUGUAUCAUCGACAAAGGUCGUAACAUUAUUUCAGUCUCCAAAGAUGGUACGGCCAAACUGUGGAGCUGUGGUGAGGCUUGUUGCCUAGCAACCCUUGUACAGUUGGGUACAACAAUCAACAGCUGCUGCUUGGGUGUGGCGAAUAAUAAAAUGCAAUUUGCAGUACCAGCAGAACCUCCAAGUGAGCAUGAAGUGGGUACAGCAAAUAAGAUCUUGCUUCUAGGUUGUGAGGAUGGCACAGUGCACUGUUUGGCAGUGCACAGCCGACAGACUCUGUUUUCCAAGUUGCAUUCCUCUGCGGUGAACUGUGUUACAGUACUGUCAGUUGAUCACUUUGUGGUUGGAUGUCAGGAUGGCCAGAUCCUGCUUUAUACUUUUGAGCAACCUGCAGAACCAGUUUACUGUUGGUAUGAAUCCAACAGUGCAGCACUUUGUCUUCUGUCAUUUAAAGAAGAUGGAUUCUUUGUUGGGAAAGCUGAUGGUAGUUGUGUUUAUCACCAGCUUCCAGCCAGAAACAGCAGUGAAACUUGCUAUCAUGUUAGAGUACAGCUGACAGGACCUGACUGUGAUCCGGUUUAUGAUAUUUCCUUUGAUGGCACUUAUGUAUAUACAUCUUGCAGGGAUGCUGCUGUAAGGAAGUAUGAUGUGCUGAAGAUUGUACCAAACCUAGACUCUUUUGUUUAAAACAGUUAAUAAAGCACUGUAUUUUGUUCCAAUUUAGGAUUUGUUAUAAUUUUGAUGAUUCUUGCAUUUUAUGUUACAACACCUAUGAAUAGUCUUGGGAAGUUCAAUUUCUGAAAACAAGAAGUUAUCUUCAUUAUAGUGGGGUUGGUAUCUGAUAAAUUACUGCUGCUAAAUACAUAUUGAAGGUUGUCUGCAUAAGGUAAAUUACAACUUAAAACUUUAAUACAAACUAAUUAUCAUAGCUCUUCUAUCAAUGUGGUAUUAUAGGAGACAAUAUGAAUAAUGUACAGGGCUCUUUAUGAGCUAUAAAUAAGGCAAGAAGUGAAGAUACUUGUUCUAACCUUUUCUGUGGUUUGAAUCUCUAAACAGAAUCUUGGGUCCAUGUUAGAAGUAACAACCAACACAAAGUGAUAUUCCUAUUUAUUUAAGGCUUCUCUGAUGAACAACAUAACACUAAAGUUAGGACAAACCUUGCACGGGGAAAACUUUACAAUGCCAUUGGAUUCAGAUCAUACAAACUAAACCUCUAAAACAGGGUAAGAUCAUAUAUCGAGCACUGCUAAAUAGGAAUUUCACAGCAUCCAUUUAUAUCUCUAAAGCAUUUUGUCCCAUGGACCUGGAUUUAGCUAUAAUACUAAAAGUGUAUUUGCUGUGUUUGUAGGAGGUAUUAAUACAAUUUUUUAAACCUC